UGGUGAGCGCGGCGGCCCGGGAGCUGGAUGCGAGAGCAGCCGCGAUGGCCCCGCGCGCGGGACAGCGGGAGCCAAGGGGGCCGCUGCUGCCGGGGCUGCUGCUCGUGGCGGCGGCGCUGAGCCGGCCCGCCGCGCCCUGUCCCUUCCAGUGCUACUGCUUCGGCGGCCCCAAGCUGUUGUUGCGCUGCGCGUCGGGCGCGGAGCUCCGGCAGCCGCCGCGGGACGUGCCGCCCGACGCGCGCAACCUCACCAUCGUGGGCGCCAACCUGACGGUGCUGCGCGCUGCCGCCUUCGCCGGCGGGGACGCGGACGGGGAGGAGACGGAGGCGGGCGGCGUGCGCCUGCCGCUCCUGACCGCGCUGCGCCUCACGCACAACAACAUCGAGGUGGUGGAGGACGGCGCCUUCGACGGGUUGCCCAGCCUGGCGGCGCUCGACCUGAGCCACAACCCGCUGCGCGCCCUGGGCAGCGCUGCCUUCCGCGGGCUGCCCGCGCUGCGCUCACUGCAGCUCAACCACGCGUUGGCGCGAGGCGGCCCCGCGCUGCUGGCCGCGCUGGACGCCGCGCUCGCCUCGCUGGACGAGCUGCGCCUCCUGGGCCUGGCGGGCAACGCGCUGAGCCGCCUGCCGCCCGCCGCGCUGAGCCGGCAGCACCUCGAGCAGCUGGACGCGCGCUUCAACGCGCUGGCUGGGCUGGCCCCCGACGAGCUAAGCGUGCUCGAGCGCGAUGGCGGCCUCCCCGCGCCUCGCCUGCUGCUGGCCGAGAACCCCCUGCGCUGCGGCUGCGCCGCGCGCCCCCUGCUGGCCUGGCUGCGCAACACCACGGAGCGCGUACCCGACGCGCGGCGCCUUCGCUGCGCCGCCCCGCGGGCACUGCACGGCUGGCCUUUCCUGGACCUGGAGAAAGCGAGGCUGCACUGCGCCCACGGCGACGCCGACGGUCGCGGGGAAGAAGUGGAACUCGCUGGCCCGGAGCUGGAAGCCUCCUACGUCUUUUUCGGGCUGGUGUUGGCGCUUAUCGGCCUCAUCUUCCUAAUGGUGCUCUACCUAAAUCGCCGCGGUAUCCAGCGCUGGAUGCGCAACUUGCGCGAGGCCUGCCGAGACCAGAUGGAAGGCUACCACUACCGCUACGAGCAGGACGCUGACCCGCGCCGCGCGCCCGCCCCGGCCGCCCCGGCCGGCUCCCGCGCCACAUCCCCUGGCUCGGGCCUCUGAAUUUUGCCUUUUGGAGGUUGGGGACGGCCCUUGCCAGCUGAGGACCUUACUGGGACUGCCUGGCCUGAAGCUGUGGGUAUGAGACACUCAAGAGUUUGGGGUUUUGAGACCUGUCCUGAUUGGUCCGAGACCUUCUGAUUAUGGCAACCCUCCCCAACCCCCAGGCGCCAAGCUGUAUGCCCUCUUACCAGCCUCUGAGAGCUGUCACCAUCAAAGACCCAGAGACACCCCUUUCUGAUUCCAAAAGCAAAAGCCUACCUGCGCAUCCAGGCUCUGGCACAUCUCUCCUGAACCACCAAAAGCCCCCUCUCCAUCUCAAGACUCACUUGAAGACCUUGUCCUUAAAACCAACAGCCAUGAGACUGCCUACAACACCCUGUGCUUUGAGCCCUGACCUCUCAGCGGGAAACAUCAGCCUAGACUUCACUGAUCCCAUCUCCCGUGUGGAGCCCUCAGCUCCCUUCCCAGGGCUCAGGGGCACUUCCAUCCCAUUCUGGCCUCAGAAGCAGAGCACCCCAACCAAAAGGCUGUGUAGACUUUGAGCCUGUUUUCUCAUCCAGUAGCUCUGAGCCCUCCAUCCCACAGAGAGACCCACUUCCCCCAGGCUCUGAGGAUUGGGCAAUGCCCCCAGUCUGAGGAUGUAUUUCAUACCACCACCAUCCCAGCUCUAGCUCAGGCCUCCUCCCUUCCCAGAUUUGGGGCUCAGCUCCCCUCUCUCUCUCCCAUCCCAGGGAAAGGCAUACCCCAUUAUAGCCUUAGUGUGGAGCCACCUCAGUCUUUCCCACCAGGGCUCUGAUUCCUCAAAAUACUCAGUGCUUGUCCACAAUGUCAGACUGUCAGCUCUUCACCCCAUUCUGAGUUUCAUUCCCCUGCCCAAGUCUUAGGCUGAUUCCCCCCACACCUAUCACUUGCACUAAGUACCCCACACUUGCCACUCACUGGGGCAAGUUCCACUGAGGAAUCCAACCCUGAGAUGUGCUCACCAUCCUUUCCUCCUAGGAUAAGCUCUCCAAGCCUGAAAGACAGGUGCAGGUGCCAAGCAGCCCCCAACCGUACGGGCAGAUCCCCAUGGAGUAGGAGAGAGUCCUGGGGGUGUGAAGUAGAUGAAUGGGCCUCAGAACCAGGGCCACCUGGCUAUCGGCCUCUCAGAAGGGUCAGGUAGGAAGCUCUGAAGGGCUGGGAGCCACUGGCCACAUCCUCUUUCCCACCCAUGUGACUUCUCGCCUGGGGAUUCCUUGCUGCUGUGCACCCUCCCCACACACCUCCCCUCGUGCCUUCUGGAAGAGGAAGGGGAUCUUGCCCCUGUCUCAGGCACAAGCCCUCCUGUUUAGGGUCAGAGCCUCAGUGCCCUGCCUUCUGCAUGAUCCCAAAGCACAAUCGGUGAGUGGAGAGGGGGCUGCCUCUCCCUUACUCCCACCCCCUAGAUCAGGCAGAAUGGCUGGCCUGUGCUGCCUCUGCACACAGGAAGUCACCUACCUUCAACAUAAUGGCUUGAGGCCUGCCUUCCCACACUCACCCGAGAAAUCUGGAUCUCCCUUGGGCAGUUUUCUAUAAAGUCUGCAAUAAUCUCUGAUACUCAGCUCUUGUAAGUGGUGCCAUGUCAUUCCUGCUGACCUUGGGCAUUGAAGGAGGUGGGAGGGGACACUCGAGAAGGCAUUUUGGACCUCCCUGUGGUGAGGCAGUGACUUCUGGUGUCUUCUCCCAAAGUAUGGGAGAAGAUAAGGGCUCUGACUGCAUGUUGCAGGACUGAGGCUAGACACAUGGAGGGACUUUCCAUUGGGAUGGCAUUGCUCUCCAAACCAGCCUGCUUUUUAUCCUCUGAGGUGGGGUUAUCCACAAGCAGGGUGGGGUCCUAUGCUUCUCUGCGUCCUCUUACCCUGCCAUUCCUCAUCACGGCGGGGGUGGGGGGGGUUGUGGGGAGAUGCAGGUGGACUGACAAACACUAGCGACAGACAAGGCUAUCAGGGAGGAAAUCCAGCUACAGCUACAGAGAAUCCGAGGCGGUUAAUUCAGACAGGAAAGAAGGGGAAUCACUAUUUGCUGCUUUGGCAUCAUCCUCUGCGGUGAAUUACCUGAUACAUUCUUAUAUCCAGUGUCACACCAGUCUCCCAGCUGGAGGGGUAAGAACUGUACCUUGGAUGUGUCAAGGGCUGAGAGGAGAAGCAGCCUGGAGGGGUGUGUGUGCAUAAAAUGACCCCUUGAGAUAUAUGGAGCAAGGAGACAGAAGGGUUCUGUGCCAGAAGGCCCAAGGUAAGAAGUUUUUCUCUUCCCUCAGGAUCCCCAGGUUGGAUUAUUUUGCAUUCAGGGUCUGAAUGCCCUAGAACCACAUGACAGAAGUCUAGAAUGUUGGCAUUUUUGCAGUCUUAGGAUCAUAUAAUUCUAGAAUUUGUGCCUUCUGAACAUUGAAAAGGACAUCAGAGGGAAUGUGGAAGCCUCCUAAGUUGUCUCAACAAGGAGCACCCUCUCUGAAAACGGAGCUCAUUCCCUCCCCUUCUGGGAGCAUCCCUUUCAUUGCCAGAGGAAUCUGCCUGGGACUCCCUGAGAGUCCCAGCUGUGCUCUGGGGCCAGGAGAACACCUCACCCCAGGACAGCUCUAAACAGUGUUGGAGACAGUACGUGAGUCUCUUUAUCUUCUCCCAGCAAAUUCCCGGCCCCUUCUCCCAGACUUUCUCAUAGGAAGGGGUUAAGUUCUCUUGAAGCAGUCUAAUCUGCCAGUGACCUUCAAAGAGUGCUCUGUCAAUCCUCCAGGACAAAACAGUGAUAGUUUCUCUAAAACAGGUUGGAGAAAUGUGUCUCUACCAGGUCACCUCCCCAGUUCCAAAGAUCUGUCCUUUGGUAAUGUAGCCUAAGACUGCAGUAAGUCCUGGCAAAUAAAACAUGCUGUUAGCUGUGGGGUCAUUGUCAGCAAAAAUCUUUGAAGGUUUUGUAUGAGAGCUGCUGCUGAACUAAAUAUCAAAUCAAUAGUUGUCAGAAAUUAAUUAAUUGAGUGCCUAAUGUAUGCCAGUUGAUACUUAACCUUAGUGCCAUUCACUGGUUUGCUUUAAAUGCUGUCUCUGGGCUGCCACCCUCUGUCUGCCUGUCA